CCUCGCGCAUCUCGGCCGCCGACCGCGAGGCGGCGCGCCGCCAGCAGCUGGAGCGCGAGCAGCGCGACGCCCGCACGGCCCAGCAGGAAGCAGCCUCCCGCGGCGUGCACGACGUGGUCAAGCAGCACUACAACAUGGUGCCGGAGCGCGGGCGCGAGUGGCGGCAGACGGACAGCAAGAUCAAGGGCCUGCGCAGCUACAACAACUGGGUCAAGUCGUCGCUGAUCCACAAGUUCAUCGGCGACGAGCGCAACCUCAAGAUCCUCGACAUCGGCUGCGGCAAGGGCGGCGACCUGCAGAAGUGGCAGGCCUCGCGCAAGGUCGAGCUGUACGUCGGCUGCGACCCUGCCGAUGUCAGUAUCAAGCAGGCCAAGGACCGCUACGCCCAGAUGCAGAAGAAGUCGCGCCGCCUGUUCCACGCCGAGUUCUACGCAAAGGACUGCUUCGGCGAGUGGCUGGGCGACAUCCCCAUCAUCCGCGACGUCGGCAUCGACCCGGGCGUCGGCCCGGGCAACGCCCAGAGCCAGCGCUGGGGCGGCGGCGGCUGGGACAUGGUCACCAUGAUGUUCUGCAUGCACUACGCCUUUGAGAGCGAGGCCAAGGCCAAGGGCAUGCUGCGCAACGUCGCCGGCGCCCUGAAGAAGGGCGGCCGCUUCAUCGGCUGCAUCCCGAACUCCGACCUGCUGUCCGCCAAGGUCCUGGAGCACCACAAGGCGAACGGCACCGCGCCCGCCGACGCCGACGACGACGACCGCCCCGCCUUCGCCAGCGACGACGAGGACUGGGACCCGGAGAAGAGCCUCGACAGCCCGAAGCCGGAGGACGCUGAGCCCGACACCAAAACUACCGCCGCCAAACCCGCCGCCCCCGAGUCCGCCCCCGAGGAAGGCGAGCUCGCCGACCCCAACCUCGCCUUCGGCAACGCCCUCUACCGCGUCAAAUUCUCCACCCCGACACCCCCCGACGGCGUCUUCCGCCCGCCCUACGGCUGGAAGUACUUCUACCACCUGAUCGAAGCCGUCGAGGCCCCCGAGUACGUCGUGCCCUGGGAGGCCUUCCGCGCGCUCGCCGAAGACUACAAUCUGGAACUGCAGUACCGGCGCCCGUUCCGCGAGGUGUGGGAUGAAGGGAAGGAGGACCGCGAGCUCGGGCCGUUGAGUGAAAGGAUGGGGGUUAGGGAGAGGGGGGGCGGCAGGCUGCUGACGAGCGAGGAGGAGAUGGAGGCGUGUGGGUUUUAUCACGCGUUCUGCUUCUAUAAGGUGUAGGUAUGACAUCACGGGGGCUGCCAAGUGACUACGAAGUGGUUUGGCAAGCAGGAUGGCGCUUGGGGUGUGGCUACGGCGUUGGCUUUUCCUUCUUUUGGUGCUGCCCGGCAAUGGCGGGCGUGUACACGGUGCAAUACCGCAACGAAGCGACUCAGUAUCAGAUCAAAUCUAUCAGUGCAAUAUGUCAGUGCAAG